CCAGCUCGGCAGUCAGUGGGUACACACACACAAGCACAGACACCAUGGGUCACCCAGAGUUGGUGGUCUUCAGCCUGAUCUGUUGCCUAGCAGCUGCUAGUGCAGCAAAGUUGGGAGCCGUCUACACAGAGGGUGGCUUUGUUGAAGGUGAAAAUAAGAAGCUGGGUCUCCUUGGUGAUUCAGUUGACAUUUUCAGGGGCAUCCCCUUUGCUGCUCCACCUAAGACCCUGGAGAUCCCCCAGCGCCACCCUGGAUGGCAAGGAACCCUGAAGGCCAAGGAAUUCAAGAAACGAUGCCUUCAAGCCACCAUCACUCAGGAUGAUACCUAUGGCAGUGAAGACUGCCUGUACCUCAACAUCUGGAUCCCACAGGGGAGGAAGCAAGUCUCCAGAGACCUGCCAGUCAUGGUCUGGAUCUAUGGUGGGGCCUUCCUGAUGGGGGCAGGCCAUGGUGCCAACUUUCUGAAGAAUUACCUGUAUGACGGGGAAGAGAUUGCCACCCGAGGCAAUGUCAUCGUGGUCACCUUCAACUACCGUGUCGGGCCCCUGGGCUUCCUUAGCACCGGAGACUCCAACCUGCCAGGUAACUUUGGCCUUUGGGAUCAGCACAUGGCUAUUGCAUGGGUGAAGAGGAACAUCGCAGCCUUUGGUGGGGACCCCAACAACAUCACCAUCUUUGGGGAGUCAGCUGGUGGGGCCAGUGUCUCCCUCCAGACUCUAACCCCCCACAACAAGGGACUCAUCAAGCGAGCCAUCAGUCAGAGUGGUGUGGCCCUGAGUCCUUGGGUCAUCCAGAAAGACCCCCUCUUCUGGGCCAAAAGGAUCGCCAGCAAGGUGGGAUGUCCAUUGGAUGAUACUCUCAAGAUGGCCAAAUGUUUCAAGGUCACUGAUCCCCGAGCUCUGACUUUGGCCUAUAAGAUGCCUUUGGCUGGAAUGGAAUACCCUAUGCUGCAUUAUCUGGCAUUUGUACCAGUUAUUGAUGGAGACUUCAUUCCUGAUGAUCCAGUCAACCUCUUUGCAAAUGCAGCUGACAUUGACUACAUUGCUGGAACCAACAACAUGGAUGGUCACAUCUUUGCCAGUAUUGAUAUGCCUGCCAUCAACAAGAACUCUGAGAGUAUCAAUGAGGAAGAUUUUUACAAGCUGGUCUCUGGCCUCACCAUAACCAAAGGUCUUCUUGGUGCCAAUGCCACCUUUGACCUCUACACUCAACCCUGGGCCCGAGAUACAUCCCAAGAGACCAAGAAAAGGACUGUGGUGGACUUUGAGACUGACAUCCUCUUCCUGGUACCCACAGAGAUUGCCUUGGCCCAGCAUAGAGCCAAUGCCAAGAGUGGCAGGACUUACACAUACCUGUUCUCCCAUCCUUCUCGAAUGCCUGUUUACCCUGACUGGGUGGGGGCAGAUCAUGCAGAUGAUAUCCAGUAUGUCUUUGGCAAGCCCUUUGCCACACCCUUGGGUUAUCGGAAUCAGGACCGGACUGUCUCUAAGAACCUCAUUGCCUACUGGACUAACUUUGCCAAAACUGGGGAUCCCAACACAGGCAAUUCUGCAGUCCCUACCCAUUGGGCUCCUUAUACUGUGGAGAAUGGCAACUACCUGGAAAUCACCAAGAAAAUGGAUGGCAACUCCAUGAAACAGCACCUGAGAACCAACUUCUUGCGCUUCUGGACCCUCACUUAUCAGGCCCUCCCCACAGUGACUGGAGAAGACAAAGUCCCUGAAAACAAUGUUCCUGAGGACAAUGAUGUUCCUGUACCUCCCGCAGCUGACUCUGAGUGAUUGCUCCAUUUCCCACAGUUGCUGACUUCAUGUAACUCCCAAAUUGGUCCUGUGCCCACUCACCAGGAAAGCAAGUGCCCAUGGAAGCAAGGAUCCAGCAGUGCCUUCCUGGCUCUCUGCCCCUUUCUCCUCACUCCCUUAAUAAAGUCUUGUUGCUAUA